AUGCUAAGUAACGAAAACGUCCUGGCCUCGCUUGAUACCCUGACAGACUGGCGGGCAAGGGCUCUUUUUAUUAUGGAAGGGGAUAGGAUGCUGUGCAUCGACUCUCUCGCUUCCAUUCACCAGCGCGUGCUACACUUGGCAGUAGUCGAGGCCGGCGCAACUGUGGCCUUUGCCCGCAGCGGACUGCUUACUUUGGGGAAGGAUCUCGAAACCUUGCAGCCAACCAUCAUUGCUGCAUCAGGAGGUAUUUUGCCCAUGCUACACGCGGCUGCAAAACGCACCCUUAAGAGUAUGGGUCGGCUGCGACGAUUUUGGGUUUUGCUGAAAUUGAGGUUGAGGGCCCGACGUUUUCCAGUUCUUGUUUGGUGCACUUGUUAUAUCUACUUGAGUGCAUCUCGGCACUUUAACGUUUUCCGUGUUCCCGUAUUUGGUCAACCAGAUUUUCAGUUAGCUGGUGCUCUUGUUGGCUGGUUCUGUAGCUUGUUUCCAUUUGAAGAACUGAAGGCUCAGCUGGCCCCGGUCCACACCAUCAUUGCUGCCCCGGCUUUGGUUUCAAGCGAACUCAUUAAGGAGUUGCAGCUAUUGUAUUCGGUGGUUAUUGUGCAUGCGUGUUGUUCUGCGGAGACCGGAAUAGCGUUUUCGAGUCGAGAGCAAAACAACAGCCUCAGCGGCAGCAACGAUAGCAGCAGUGCGAGUGGGGUAGGAACCCCUUCAGAGUUUGGAAGGGUGCGUGCUGCUCCUUUGGGCUGGCCGUCUCCUGUGGUUGUGGUGGAUUUGGAGGAGUUGUCUGCAGCAGAUAAAGCAAAUGCAAUUGACUAUCAUGGCGAGGAAGUGCCAGGGAAAAGAUCGGGGGGAUCACCGCUUGUUUUAAAAACCUCAAAAGAUCAUACUCACCAGCAGAUUGUCAGCAUUAGCCGGCGCCGUAGGCGCAGCCGCCUCAACGGGCGCAAGAAACACAGCGUUACAGAGGGAGAGAUCGCUAUUCAGGGCCCCUGUGUUUCCGUAGGCUAUUACCGACACCAAACAGCAUUUCAGCGUCAGCUAACUCCUCGGGGUUUGUACAAGACCGGUCUAGUUGGAAUCUCAACAGGAGACGGCUUCCCUUUCUUGCUUACCAGCUCCCUCUCGCGAAGUGUACUGACAGCUGAAGGGGAGUUUAUCGACCUAGAAGAAGCAGAGAGACAAAUCCGGAAAGUUCACAUCGUUAAGAGGGUUCUGUUGUAUGUAGACGACUUUCAUUCUCCUCUUGUUGCGAUUGUGCAACCCCGGAAAGGUGCUGUUUUUCGCUGGGCAAAAACGCGGUUUGCUUUUGCGGACGAAUACGGGGCCUCAUAUGAGGAGUUGGUAUCUUUACCGGCGUUGCGGAAGUUUGUGUUACAUGCAAUUCAAGAGGAGACAUCGCUCAGUCUUGAACACUUUGAACUGCCUAAGGCAGUGUAUCUGGUGCCGCACGACGUGGAGCUGCCUGUGGCGGUUUUCGAUCAAGGGAAGAACGGUCCAAACAAAAGUAGUCAUCUCAUGAGCAGGCGGCAGCUCGCAGAGGCAUAUGCCCAACCUAUACAGGAGAUGUAUUGGCAGUUGAACGAGUAA